UAAUUUUACAGUCUUAGAGCCCGUGGCGUUCCAGGGUAAUACUGUCUCCCCUGGACUUUCUGAAAGCGAUGGCUCAUCUCAUCCGCCGGUUAAGGCCACAGACUCGCCUGUUUCUUGGCCUUCAGCGGUCAUUCAGCUCGACAGCUGCCGAAACGGGGGAUCCAAACUUUCUGGAGUCCGUCGAUAUUUAUUUCGACAAGGCUGCUGCUAUCUGCCAUGUGCCAGGCGACAUCCUGGGACAGAUUAAGGGUUGCAACAAUGUUCUCAAGGUUCAGUUCCCACUGAAAAUGUCCAAUGGCACAGUGGAGCUGAUCGAAGGUUACCGUGCACAGCACUCCCAUCACAGGCUUCCAGGCAAGGGAGGAGUUCGCAUGGCCCCCACUGUGGAUGCAGAUGAAACCGUGGCUCUUGCUGCACUUAUGACAUUCAAGUGCGCAGUUGUUGAUGUUCCGUUUGGUGGAGCAAAGGGAGGAAUCAAGAUAGAUCCCAAGAAGUACUCGUCUUUUGAGAAGGAAGCUAUCAUUCGACGAUACACCACGGAGCUUGUGAAGAAGAACUUCAUUGGUCCUGCUAUUGACGUUCCGGCGCCCGACUAUGGCACAGGGCCACAAGAAAUGGCAUGGAUCAAGGACACCUAUGAGACCCUGAGGCCAGAUGAUCUCAACUCGUUUGCUUGUGUCACUGGAAAGCCCAUCGAAGAGGGAGGCAUCCGUGGCCGUACUCAGGCUACUGGAAUGGGCGUAUUCAUUUGCCUGCGGGAGUUUCUCAACAGCAAGGUGCAGAAUGUCCUAUCUUCUAGUGGGUUCAUGCUGUAUUUUUAGUAAACAAUUCUACUAUUGUGGUUUUGUAUUUUCUUUACAGAACUGGAUGACGAAGUUGAACAUGUCACCGGGUGUCGAAGGGAAGUCGUUUAUUGUUCAAGGUUUUGGAAACGUCGGACGUCAUACCAUCGAUGCAAUUGUCACUGCGAAGGGGAAGAUCACAGCUAUUGCUGAGUAUGACGGAGGCUUGUUGGAUGAGACCGGGAACGGCCUUGACAUUGAAAGCAUCAAGCAGUAUCAUGCACGGAACGGAACCAUCACCGGUUUCCCAGGAGCCAAAACAGUUUCGGACCCGUUUUCCUUGCUUGAGCUCCCUUGUGAUGUCCUCAUACCGGCUGCUCUGGAAGGCCAGAUUCACUCAGGAAAUGCCAGCCGCAUCAAGGCGAAGGUUGUCGCAGAAGCUGCAAAUGGCCCAGUCACUCCUCCAGCAGAGAAGAUGAUGGAAAGCAACGGAAUUGUUGUCCUGCCAGACCUUCUGCUGAAUGCGGGUGGUGUGACAGUCUCCUACUUUGAGUGGCUAAAGAACAUCAACCACAUUCGGUUCGGAAGGAUGAGCCGACGAAUGGAAGAGAGGGGCAAACAGGCAUUACUUGAUGCUUUGGAAAAGGAAAUUGCAACCGGUAUUAAGUUCACUGAUGACACACGCCGUUCGAUCAUUAAAGGCAACACUGAGGAGGAUUUCGUGUGGUCUGGCCUUGAGGAGACAAUGAUCAAUGCCUGGGACGAAGUCAAGCGAGUAGCUGAAGAAAGGGAAUGCAACUUCCGCACAGCAUCCUAUGUGAUUGCGAUUGAGAAGAUCGCCACGUGUUACCGCGUCAGUGGAAUCUUCCCAUGACCUGCUUGACCAAUGACCAGCCUUCUAUCAUGGGAACUAGCAUCAUCCUUCUGAUCUGAGACAAUACGACCAACCAGCACUAUUAUUAUGGAUAUAGUAUUGUUUAUCCAGUGUAGUGCAUCAGGAAGCCAUUAUGCUCAAGAUGCUGCAGCUUUUGGCAACCACAAGAACAACAUUAAAAAACAUUCAUAUACAGC